CGGAUGAGUAGAGAGCUGCAUGCGCUUCCCCAUGCCGCAGGCUCCCGCUGGGCCAGAGACUAAAAUACGAACAAUCGGCUGACGCAGGCACGCGUGAGACGUACCCUGCCUGUGUGCCGUCCUUUUCUCUUCCCUGCGUUUGUCAGAUUGUAAGAUGACUUCCUUUCCUCUCUUCCCCGCCUGAUAUCCUGUACUACCCCAUCUGCUGCGGCGGCCGCGGCGGAGUCGGCGAGGAGCACACAGACUCCGUGCCAGGCGACGAGAAGAGUAGAAGUAAGGAGAGACACCAUGUCUCAGCCCACGCUCUGGGAGCGGGUCAAGGGCGGAAGCAAGACGGGCUUCGACAAGACAUGGCAAGCCAUGGACAAGCUGGGCGCGCCGGUGAACAGGCUGAGCAACAAGCUGGGCAGCGAGGCCUUCUGGCCCACCACGCUCGACAAGGAGAGUGAUAAGGCUGCGCGCAUCCUCAAGACCUUCUGCAAGGACGGCUUCUACGCCGAAGAAGAAACGACGCCGCAAGACGGGCCGAAGCAGAAGCAAAAGGUAAUCAAGAAAAUCCCCACGAGCGUCAUCCAGAAUGCCAAGGGCCUCGCCAUCUUCACCACCAUGCGGACGGGCUUGUGGAUCUCCGGUGCAGGCGGCUCGGGGGUCCUCGUGGCUCGAAAAGAGGAUGGAAGCUGGUCCCCUCCUUCGGGAAUCCUGCUGCACACCGCUGGGCUGGGUUUCCUCGUCGGUGUCGACAUCUACGACUGCGUGAUUGUCAUCAACACCACCGAGGCCAUGCAGGCCUUCACACGAGUGCGAUGUACUCUCGGCAGCGAGAUCAGUGUAGCCGCGGGUCCCGUAGGCGCGGGUGGAAUCCUCGACACCGAGUUGCACAAGCGGCAAGCGCCCAUCUUCACCUACCUGAAGAGCAGAGGCUUCUACGCCGGCGUGCAAAUCGACGGCAGCGUGGUCAUCGAGCGCAACGACGAGAACGAACGCUUCUACGGCCAAGCAUUAACUGUCCAAGACAUCCUGGCCGGCAAAGUGCGCCACCCUCCGUACGAAGUAAAACGACUCCUGGAAACCAUCCGGGCAGCACAAGGAGACAGCGACGUAGACGAGAGCAUGAUGCCCAACGAGGCACCACCAGGCGACUACCUGCUCGAAGGCGGACACGUCUUCGGCGUGCCGGAUAAGGAAGACCCGGACCCGUACGGCGUGCUGGCGCUCGAGAAAGAAGGCAUGUCGAUCAAAGAAGCCGGCACGCAGAAGCGCGCAAGCUGGGAGGCCUUCUCUUUCCAUCCCGCCCCCACCAGCCCCGUGCACAACAUCUACGGCCGCAACAGCAUCGAGCGGCAGCGAUCAUCGAGCGCGCGCAGUAGCUGGCGUCUGAGCGCCGGUGCAUCCAAUCCUACACCCCGACGAAGUCUUCCUCCUCCAUUCCUGCCGGCUCGGCCUACAGUCCAAAUGUCCGACAUGAGCACACAGACCGACGGUGAUGCAGACUCCGACCUCCAUCGCACAGGCAGCGACGCGUCCGCCCCCGCGAAAAGCGAAAACAUCCCCGAUCAGGACAAAGCCACGCCCGAAAGCGCCAGCAACGUAAACGGGUACACCACGCCCCCUCAAACUCCACCUUUAACCACGCACUCCCCGGCAGAAGCACGCAAAGACGAAAGCGAAGACGACAACGAUGAUGAUGACGAAGAAGAAGAACCUGCACACAUCAUCGAGCAGCAAUCCGCCGCAACCCCGGCCGCAGCGCAAGUCAUCUCCAAAGCGCGCCUCGUCACCGUGCCCAAACGCGAACCCCCCAAAUUGCCCGCCAGGAACCCGAUUCGCGCCGGCGGGCCUGUGGUUCUCGAUGCUAGUCCCCAGGAUGCUACGCCGGGAGCUGCGGAGAGUGUGGACUCUGAGGUCGAUGCUGCGGAGGGGAAGUUGCAUACUGUGCGAUUGGAGGACAAUGAAGAGGAUGAUGAGGAGGAGGAGUUUCAUCGGCCGGAUCCGUGGGCGAAGGUGGAGGAGACGAAGCAGAAGGAUGGGGAGUAGGCAAGGAUAUAGAUGCGUUCGUUUGGCAUGGCGUUUGCGAUUUGAGAUAUAGAAGCGCGGAGUUUUUGGCAUGUAAAUCGUUUUGCAGCGAGCGCUGUGGUAUCUCACAAUCUUCGAGGGCAUCAUUUAUUCAUUCA